GAAGAAACGUGGCCCCAUGGUACAGCGUCUUUCCAAUAGAGGGCGCAAGACGCUAAUAUUUUUUCUCGAUUGCCCGCCCAGGCAGGCCAGACAAUCAAUUGGAUACAGGAAAUAACAUUCGGGAAGGCAGAGUAAACGAGCGGGAAGUUUCACUUUGUAAGAGUGAAUAAACAAAAUGUCUAAGAAGAAAGGACUGAGCCUGGAGGAGAAGCGGAGUCGUAUGAUGGAGAUAUUUUUUGAGACAAAAGAUGUGUUUCAGCUGAAGGAUAUAGAAAAGAUCGCCCCAAAGUCUAAAGGAAUCACACCCAUGUCCGUGAAGGAAGUGCUGCAGAGCCUGGUAGAUGACAGCAUGGUGGAUUCUGAAAAGAUUGGCACUUCCAACUAUUACUGGGCUUUCCCAAGUAAGGCUGUUCACUGCAGGAAGCGGAAACUGGAGGAGCUGGAGAAGCAGGAGUCUGAGGGGAACCAGAAGAGGGCUGCUCUACAGCAAGCUGUUGAGAAGGCAAAAGUAGGCCGGCAAGACACGGAAGAGCGAGCUGCACUGUUGCAGAAACUGCAGGCAUUGAGAGAGCAGAGGGAUCAACUGAAAACCGAAGUAGAAAAAUACAGGGAAUGUGACCCUGAGGUGGUAGAUGAAAUCCGGCAAUCCAACAAAAUUGCAAAGGAUGCAGCCAACCGGUGGACAGAUAAUGUCUUCUCUAUCAAAUCAUGGGCCAAACGGAAGUUUGGUUUUGAGGACAAAUCCCUUGAUAAAAACUUUGGAAUCCCAGAAGACUUUGACUACAUCGAAUGAUAUUCAUCUUCCUUUCCUGUUGUCCUUCUUCCAACAUACUAAAUAUUUUUUCUUGUAUAUAUUUGUUUAUUUAAAAUGAAGGUUUAAUAGUGUUUUUGUCCUUCAGAUGGAAAUAUAUAUUUUAUAAAGUAGA